GCCUGCGUGCUUUGUACUGCCGCAAAAUACGGCAUCUUUUCACUGAAAACAAGCCAGUAAGCACGUAAAUUAUAAAUAAAAAAGCGAAAUAACGGAGGUGGUUCCUUAACAAGUUGUUUGUGGUCAUUUAGACAGAAGCAUGUCUGAUCGUGAUCGAGAGUACCGUGGUGGUGGUGGUGGCGGACGCGGUGGUGGCGGUGGGGGUGGAGGAGGCGGAGGUGGCGGUGGCGGCGGUGGCGGUGGUCGUCAUAGGUCACGGUCCAGGGAAAGACGCCGGAGCAAUUCACGUAGCCGUGACCGGAGGAGAUCGCGUUCACGGUCGCCAUACAGAAAGCAUCGUUCGCGUAGGCGCAAGCCUUCCCUAUACUGGGACGUUCCGCCACCGGGCUUCGAGCACAUAACGCCACUACAGUACAAAGCCAUGCAGGCCGCGGGGCAGAUUCCGGCCAACAUCGUAGCCGACACACCGCAAGCUGCGGUGCCCGUCGUAGGGUCCACCAUUACGCGUCAGGCGCGCCGAUUGUACGUCGGUAACAUCCCGUUCGGCGUGACGGAGGAGGAAAUGAUGGAGUUCUUCAAUCAGCAGAUGCAUCUGUCGGGGUUGGCGCAGGCCGCGGGCAAUCCAGUGCUCGCCUGUCAGAUAAAUUUGGACAAAAACUUUGCUUUCCUCGAGUUUCGUUCCAUCGACGAAACCACUCAGGCGAUGGCUUUCGAUAGCAUUAACUUUAAGGGACAAAGUUUGAAGAUACGCCGUCCUCAUGAUUACCAGCCCAUGCCGGGAAUGACGGACAACGCAACAGUUAACGUACCGGAAAAAUUCUCCGGAGUUAUAAGCACGGUCGUACCGGACUCGCCGCACAAGAUCUUUAUCGGCGGUUUGCCAAACUAUUUGAACGAAGAUCAGGUUAAGGAAUUGCUGCUUUCGUUCGGACAACUGAAAGCGUUCAAUCUGGUCAAGGACGCCGCAACCGGUCUGGGCAAAGGUUACGCCUUUGCCGAGUACGUCGAGUACCCGACAACCGAUCAGGCAAUCGCUGGCUUGAACGGUAUGCAGCUCGGCGAUAAAAAGCUGAUCGUUCAACGUGCCAGCGUCGGAGCAAAGAACUCGAAUGCGGCCGUCGUAGCACCGGUUCAGAUUCAGGUACCGGGUCUUUCGCUGGUCGGCUCCUCCGGUCCUCCGACGGAGGUGCUCUGCCUGCUGAACAUGGUCACGCCGGACGAGCUGAAGGACGAGGAAGAGUACGAGGACAUCCUCGAGGACAUUCGGGAGGAGUGCAACAAGUAUGGGGUGGUGCGAAGCGUAGAAAUUCCACGACCCAUCGAGGGUGUGGACGUGCCGGGCUGCGGCAAGGUGUUUGUCGAGUUCAACUCGAUCGUCGAUUGUCAGAAGGCCCAACAGGCACUGACCGGUCGAAAGUUUAGCGAUCGUGUCGUCGUCACCUCCUAUUUCGAUCCAGAUAAGUAUCAUCGUCGCGAGUUCUAGACGGUUAUCGGUUUUAUUUUUAAACAAAGCACAGAUAUUUUACAGCGAGCAGAUAAGAAAACGUGCAACGUUUAAACGUUGUUGUGAC